CUGUUCUGUUUUCUGUGGUCAAUGGAAAGUGGAACCUUGUAUUUACAAUUUUUUAGUUUAAUAUUUUAUUGAAUUUCCAUGAAUUAUAUAAUAUGAUGAUGUAAAAUAAUCAUUUAUUCUUUGAAGCUAUGACCUCCCAAUGUUACAUCAUGAACAUGAACAGAGUUGUCUCCCAAGAAAAUAUGGAUUCGAAACCACCUCUACCAAAAGAAAAAGUAAUGUCCUACGAGGCAAAAUCUGUUGGUUCCACGGCCUUCUUUAAAUGCGAGGCGUGUCCUUAUAUGGCUUUCGCCGAGGACGAUAUAAAGUUUCACUUGUUUACCGAGCACCCCGAUCUGGCGAAACGCAAUGGGCUCGCAGACAACAUACAGAUCCCCUGCCCCGGAUGCUCAUGUAUUUUUGAUGCUGAGGAGACGCUUCGGACACAUCUACGCAACCACCACAAGAUGGGUAUAAAAGAUGUUAAGAAAAUGGUAAAAAGUCUAGUUCAAAUUGCUUUAAAAGAUGCUAAAUUAAAAAAAGAAAUCACAGUCAAUGAGACCUCCCCACCACAAGAUUUAGCUCAGCUAAAGAUACCACAACUAAUAGAAAUUGUACCUGACAUUGUUAAUGCAGAUAACAAGGAAUUACCAAAGGGAGUGGCAUUUAUCUCAGUAGAUGAAUUGAAUAAAAUGAGUAUGCCGAAUUUUGAGAAGGUUGACCCAAAAGAAGUGAUCCAAGAAGCCAGUAUUAAUAUUGUGUACACAAAUGAUGUAUCCACUCAAUAUGUUAACGUUUCAAACACAUCAACUUCUAACAACACUUGUAAUUUAAUCCAAAUGUCUAGUGUGACUCCAGAUCUGAUAUCUUCAAUACAGCCUAGAAUACCAAACAUGGACAAAAAUUUAUCUUCCUCAUUGUCACCACAGAUUAAAGAUAGUCAAGAUAUCACACAUUUGCCUAUGAAGCAAGACAGGGGGAGAUUAACACCAUAUCCAAUCAGAAAAGAAGCUAUACCAAUUACAGACACAGAAGAAAAGGGAUUUUAUUGCUCAACUGGUAAAUGUCAUGCAAGUUUCGAGAAGGAAAUAAAUUUAUUGUAUCACAGGAGAUGUCAUAAAGAAGGAAAGUUGACUUGUCCAGAGUGUUCAGAAGUAGUAUUAACAGUUGAGCAGUUGCACAUACAUCUGUGGAAGAUACACAAAAUAGAUCUAGAGCUGCCCACGUGCGAGGAGUGUGGCUACAAGACAUACCUGAGGUUCAGACUGAGAGUGCAUAUGAAAUCUCAUGGGACAUGUAGGGCAUACCCAUGUACACUAUGUCCAAAAAAAUUCAAGAGUGCCAAUCAACUGUCCAAGCACAUGCUAUACCACAGACGGAACGGCCCGCCCGUGCAGUGUGACGUGUGUGACAAACAGUUCACCAACGCCCGCCAGCUGCGCUCGCACGUCGCAGCCAUUCACAAGAAGGUCAAACCGUUCAAGUGCUGCGAGUGUGAAUAUACCGCAGCUAGGAAGGAAGAACUUAAGUUACACAUGAGAUCGCAUACUGGUGAUAAACCGUACGCCUGCGACCAGUGUGAAUACCGAUCAGGCGACCACAACGCUCUGCGGCGUCACAAGAAGAAACAUUCCCAAGAGAGCGUCUACAAAUGUAAAUACUGUCCCUACACCGCCAUACAGUCGCACAGAUACGCGAAACACAUGGUCUCCACACACCCUGACUUGAAGGCCGACGAUGUGCACUGCUGCCCUUAUUGCCCAUUCAAAUGUGUCAGCAAACACAAAUACUCUGCCCACUUAGCUACACAUAGAGAUAAAGAAGGCAUCAAAUUACUGCUAGAAAUUACUAAGCUCAAAACUAACAAACCUAGUUGGACAAUACCAAGCGAAAAUACAGACAAACAAGAGGAAAAACAAGGCAAUUCUAGCGACAAAAAUUCCGAGGGUAGCCCAAAAACUGUUAACGCAAUACCUAUAGAAGUGUUUGACUGUGAUAGCUUACCAGAUGUAAUGCCUCAAGAGUAUCCAAAAAACUAUUGUACUAAUUCAUCUGAUAAUAACCAACAGAAUAAUUUUAACCCUGAAAUUGUAACAGAUUUGAGUAAAGAUGAUAAUAAUUCGGAUUGUCUAAUAUCUGAAGACUUUAACAUACAGGAAAGACACCAAUACAGCACACAACACCCCUUGCAAAUGACUUACGACUCGCCACAAGCAAAUCUUCGUUUUCUCCCAUCUGUAACUUUAGAUCAAAGUUUAUUGCAAAGUAAUAAUGUGAAUUCCUUAGCGUCGACACAUUCCCCGGUCAAUAACAGUAUUGGAAAUAAUAUCAUGUGCAAUUUCCCAAUCAGAUUGCCUUCAGCUUCGAUACGCAACAAUAUAACAUUGAAUCCAGUCAGUAAAAUAUCACUGCCAAUGACGAAAAUUGGUCCAAUAAUAAAACCGAUGCAAAUCCUUCCUGUCCCGUCUUCUAGACACUCCCCAAUCAAUAUUUCAAAUGAAACUGAUGGAGUUCCUCGGAAAAAACCGAAAAUAUCUGUAAAAAGCAAUUUAAUAUUAAAAGGUCCUGAUCAGGUUAACAUGUUUCAUUCACAACAAAAAAUGGCUUUCAAACAACUAGAAGACAACGAAAGAUAUGGCCUGGGCGGGCCAGUGACUUUCAACAACUUAAUCACAACACAGUUUAUGCAACUUCCACCUGAACCUGUACUAAGCGAAUCCCCUAACACAAUAAUGGCGUACUCCCAAGACGGCAUGCUGGGAGAUUCUGCAACGACGCCUGUAGAUAAUGGAAUAAAUGAUAACCCAAAAAUCUUCUCGUUCAGCCAACAAAUGAACGUGACAUCGAUGACGUUGCUCCCUCCGCCGCAGAAAAUACAAACGAACGACCCGAGUUACAUAAAACUAGAAACUCAGAUAAAACAGAACACUCAAUCGCCCACUUUAGAGAGGAUGUGCAACGCUAAUUUACUGAACACCCAAAAUAUAAGUAGAGAAUAUAAAGCAUCGCCGCCUUUAGAAGAUAUUCAUAAAAAUAUGAGCGAAAUAAAAAACGAAGUCAAAUCGGAUGCGUUUUACACGAUGGCACUCAAUAACACGGGCGCUAAUCCUCCAUUAAUAGACCAGUACAUGAUAGACAAUAUAAUCCCAGAGCAGUAUCCAGCGCAUUUGGACUUGUCCAACGUUGUCUUGUCAGAAGUGUCGGACCAGCAGAGCGAUGUAAUAGAAAUCGACGACAAUUCCGACGACAACAAGUUGUUGCCUCGUUUCGACAUGAAUUUUUCUUUGGAAUCCCUGUGCAUGAUGCAUAACGAUUUUCAUUUUUUGGAAAACGAUAUCCCGUCGAAUAAUAUACCCACCGAGCUACCUGUUAACGAAAUGAAUAGAAUGGUGGCAGAAGUUCCUAUAAUAAAUCAAAAAGAAAAUUUAAAUGUAGCACCAGUAGAACCUAACGACUGUCAGAAUUACAUUCAGGGGAAAAAGGAUCCGAUGAUGAACACAUCUGUUAGACCUUCAACUAACAAAAUUAAUGUCAAAAAUAUUGAACUUAUGAAGAAUUGAUUUUUAAUUUUGUUCUAUAUGUCUUAUAUGUAAAAAUAAUUUAAAGUUAGUUGUAAGAUUUAUAUACACUUUAAUGAUAAUGAUUAUAUUAAAAGACUGUUUAUUAUUAUUUGUUAAGAAGUUGUUUAAUUUGUUAGAGAUUAAAAUGGCUUUUUGCUUU